GAAACCACCCUUUCCUCUCCUCUUUCCCAGUGUGCAUGCUCCCACCGUCUUUUUGUUUGUUUGUUUGUUUGUUUUACUUGUUAACGUGAGGGCCAGAAGACGAGAAGGUGGUGCAGCUCGGGCUUCACUCUGUCCCACUGCUUAAGUGGACGUCCGCAGAAACCCCACAGAAAUAUCGUAUCAUCUUUUCUUUCGGAAGUCAGGCAUUUGCAGCUGCUGCUUAGUGGAGCCGCAAACUUUCUCUGCCUAAAGAUAAAUAAUUAAAAAGCUCUCAUGCUACCCCCACCUUCAAACAUUUUUAGAUGAUGUCAUUGCACUGCGUUUUUGGCCAGAGCUCCAGGAGACCCACAGCCAGGCUGCGAGCGCGGUGAACUCCGGGAAAUCAGGUGCAGAGCCACUGCGUCGAAUCUCGCGGGUGGCUGGAUCCUGCCACGCGCAUCUGUCCCCUUGUUCUCCCUCCAUCAUCUCAGCUGGACCGGACUAGACCGUGCGCCGACUCCACAGUUCUUGGUGGACCCCUCGCAGCCAUGCCCGAGGCCGACUGGCGGCGUUUGAAGUGCCCCGCGCCGCGCGCAAAUCUCCGUUGCACCGGCCAGUCAGUCCGCCUCCCUUUUCCUCUCUCCACUUAUCUAUGUCAAUCCACGGAACUCUCGUGUCAUGUUCUUUCCGGAACCACUCAAUUUUAAUAGGACCAUAAGAUUUCUGAGGAAGUGAGUUUGUGAAUUGUAACGUAUUUGGAAUCCUUGGCGCAAAGAGAGUUUCAUUUCUUGCGCUUUCCCCUCGGGUGAUACUCGGAGCCAGGAAACCCGGUAAACUUGGCUUCACCUGUUACCCGUAACCCGUGGAGAAUACCAGCUGUGAUGGCCUAACCCCCCACUUCUGCUCUCCUCCUCCUCCCGCCUGCUCUGCCCCGCCCCCGAGCCGUUACCAAGCGCGCAAGCAACAGCCGCCGUUACAGCCGCUCCCGGUGGCACGCUCGCCGCGCACUCCUCACUGACACACACACACGCACGCACGCACCUCCUUGCAAAGGGGGAAGCUAUGCGCGCCGCCCAGCGCCGGCGGGAGCGUCCGCUGACCUUGUGACCUUUCCGUCGGGAUUUCACCGGCGGGAUUGAAACGUGAACUUUGGCGGAAUCGAAGGCGACCCGGCGUUCAUUUGUUUUCCAAGACGCACGGAGCGACUCGGCCGGACGCAGGGAGCGAUGCGGUCCUUCCUCUCUACCCUGGCUGUCUUGUGUAUCCAGAUGAUGCUGGUGAUGUGCAAUCCUCUGCAGGUGUUCGGAGUUGAUGGCGUGAACUUCAGCAUGCACGUAGAGAAUCAGACUCGUGCACGAGACCCCAUGAGCCGGCGACAGCCCCGAGUCUACCAGCUCUACAGUCGCACCAGCUGCAAACAUGUCCAAGUGCUUGGCCGCAGAAUCAGCGCCCGAGGGGAGGACGGAGACAAAUUCGCCCAGCUUGUAGUGGAGGCAGACACAUUCGGCAGCCAGGUGCGAAUCAGGGGGAAGGAGACCAACUACUACCUGUGUAUGAACCGCAGGGGCAAACUUGUAGGCAAGAAGGCCAGUAAUCGCAGUGAGGACUGUGUCUUUAUUGAGAUGGUGCUUGAGAACAACUACACAGCAUUAAUGUCAGCACGUUACAAAGACUGGUAUGUGGGCUUCACCAAGAGGGGGCGCCCUCGUCGUGGCCCACAGACGCUUCUAAACCAGCAAGACGUUCAUUUCAUGAAGCGCCUUCCUCCAGGAGAGCAGCCUGACCACACGCCGUUUCGUUUCACCACUGUCAGCAAGAGGAGCAAAAGAGUCCGUGCUGCGCGACCACGCUAACUUACAGUUCACUAAAGUUAAAAACCCACUGUCCCUCUAAGGGACAAUGCUAACAUUUAAAUCAGGGCCUCGCAACAAAACACAGCCCUAGACUACAUCCCAGUAAAUGGGACAAUGAUAAUGCUUAAAUCAGGACCUGCUAAGAAAAAAAUAGACUAUGGGACCAUGUUAAUGCUAACAGGACCUGAUGUGGAUGGAAAGUCCAACUCCAGUUCACUGGCUAAAUGUGGAGCGCUUUUCUUUUGAAGAUUAAGCUAAGUUGUACUGUAGCAUUCUCCAGUAAACAGGAUCUAAAGUGGACCAGCUGUUAUACCAAAAAUGUGGUAUUCCCCACCAGAGCCUUGACUUUAGCCUGGCGCUGACAUGCUAAACCAAGCCCAAACAUGAUGCAGCAAUCAGUUGUAGUCAUUUUCAGUGGACUAAAGAAACAGAAAAACUGACAGCACAGGGGACACCUGACUCUACAGUUUACUUAACCAGCCUCUCAUCAAGACCAUUCUCUCUUACACACAGCAUAGACUUCACUCAGGAUUCCCCGAACAAGAUUCAUGAAAAUGUGACUGUGAGAGAAGAAUGAAUCUUCUGGAAUCAUUUAGAGGGGUGUGAGAAUUCAAUUGAGUAAUGAUUAAAAAAAAAACCCAAAAGACUCAGGAGUGGAAUAAAGGAGAGACUACAUUUGAAAUCUCUCCUCCCCCUGCCUCCAAGCUAGUAUGAACUUAAGACUGUGUGUGUGUGUGUGUGUGUCUAAAAGAGUGUUUUCAGGUUGCACCAAAGACCACAUUGGAUGCUCCCACAGAUGACGUUGCGGAGUACAUCUGCUUAGGUAACCUUAAGGGGAAAAAUGUGCUUGCCUUUGUCUGGAAAAACCUACUAAAACUGGAAUGUAAUAAUAAUAAUAAUAAAAGGCCAAGAAAGUCCUUAGAAAGCUGCACCAAAAAAUGAACUAAUGACCAAAGAGAACUGGAGACCAGUGAUCAAUAUGACAAAACCCCACACCCUAAAACUCCUGAAUCCAGCAGCCUUUCAGAGUGCAGGACUUAGCAGUGGGACAGGAAAGGGGCGGAGUCUUCCCUCUAUAUCCCUUUUGCUUUUGAAAUGACACAAGGAGCAAUGUUCCUGUUUGGAUUCCAACUGGAAUGCUGCUAAUGUAAAAGUCAGACAAAGUACCAAAGUCAUAUAUGUUAUUGUUAAAAGGAAAA